GGUGAAAAUAUAAUUCAUUCUUUUUAACGAAGUCCUAAUAAUUGUAGAAGAGUGAAUCCAAGGCAAAAUAGGACGCCUCUCUCUAUAUCUGUAUAAGGAUGAGGAAGGAAAUUAAAGUCAUUAAGUAAAAUUGUUUUGGUUUUCUUGGUCUUGGUGUUGGUGGGAUUUGAUGAUGAAAACUAAUACUAUGGAUUUAUCAAUCAGUAUCUGCAGCCGCCCGGGUGAAGAAGUUCUCCCUCUCUGUGCCUCUCCCCGUAGCCUCUUCCUCGGCACAUGGACGUUUUUCUCUCAAAGCUUCGACGCCGUGGUUUCAUCUUUCAAGAAGUUUAGGUGGGCCGUGUCAGGGUUUGGUGUAGCAGGACGUGCUGGGCGUUUCAUUUAUGGUAAUGAUUUAUGGUGGUUUCUUUUUAGUUACGUUCCAUGGUCAUGCAUGAUCUUUGCCUUAGUGAAGUUCACUGGUGCUCGACAUGUUUACAACAUCUUGAUGGUUCUCGACAUUACUAUCUUUCCUGUUGGCUCCAUAAUUCAUAGUGCUGUGGUGUACUCUGUUGUUUAUUGGUAUCGCGACAUGCCUUUCCGGUUAAUGGGUGCCAAGGCGAAAUUUAUGAUAGAGGUCAUUCCUAUGAUAAUGGCAGUAACCUUGCAUCACCUUUUGGAGUUCAAUUAUGGGUAUCUCGAGCUACUGCUAGGCUUCAGCACAUAUUUCUAUACCUUUGCACAUUUCACGCACGUAGCAUAUGACAUUGGAGUAAAAGACAUGUUGGUGGGAUUAGUAAUGCAGGUUCUUGGUUACAUGCUGAACGUAGAAUUGUUAGUUAGAGCUUUGGCUUUGAGCUUCUGCUUAGGUUGUAGUUUCUAUAGAUACGUGACUUAUUGUGCUCCUGAAGUACCUGUGCAUUCUAAAAAGGAGUUGGAGCGGCUGCCUUGCUGAUUUGAAGGUGUUUGUAGAAGGACAAAUCAUUAGUCUCUCAUAACUUAUGAGUUGUUUGCUCUCUUUUUUUUUUUUUUUUUUUUUUUAUCAUGUGAUGAGUCUUUGAUUCACACAUUUGUUCUUGCUCUAUCUUGUGCCCUUAUCACUGUAUUUUAACCGUAUCAAUGGAAAAAAAAAAAAGGCAAGAUAUUGGUACCAAUUUCAACAGGAUUAAUGGCCAGUAGUAGUAUAUUCUCUUUAUUAUUAUAGAAGAGCCAUGGGAUGAGCUGCUGAUGGUUGACCUGUCAGUUUUUUGGUGCUGUUACUAGCACUACUGCCAAUGGCCACACUGGCAUGCUUAUCUGUGGUGAACUAUGGAGAAAAAACUAUUUCUGAUCAUGGUAAUUUGGUUGCCAGUGCCACUAAUAGUCAUCAAUCCUCUAUCCGUACUCCUUCCUCAUAGUCCUAGUGGGUUGAUCAAUAGGGGAGAGAGAAAACGAGGCUGCACAAUUGUUAAAAAAAGAUCCGAGGAGUGGAUUAUGUUACUACUGAAUUUGCUGACCUUUUGAUGACGAGAAAAAUCAAAGAAAACAUAGACCAACCUUCUCAUCAAUCGUCUGAGAAGUACAAACCCCAUUUUUGCUGCUGUCGAUGUGGUUGCAACCUUUAUUUCAGUCUUUGUAUUAAAGUUCCGUAAGUUUGUUUGGAGAAUACUCUUCUUAAACGGUGGCAGCUCAAUGUGUAUAUUAACGGACAGUAUUGGUAGCUCUUAUAGGGAAUAAUAAUGCAGCAGUUUUGCUUCAUUGAUUUUCUACAUCUUUAUAUUUGUGGCUUUAUUUGCAUAUUCAACGAAUGAGAAGAUUAAAAGUGGUUAUGUCGAUUGCAA